AUGGAUGACACCACAUCAGCCGUCAAACGUGCUGGCUCAGCCGUGGAUACCGAGGAAGACUUCCCCGCCGUGCCCACUACCACUGCUCCUUCCGAGAGUGCAUUCGAAGAUCUUGCCAUCUCAGAGACGGAUUCCAACGUUCGUGUUGCCCCUAGCGAUACCGGAUCUGCUGCCUCCGCUGCCUCUGCUGCUACCCCUGCAACCGCAGUCACUGGAACGGCAGAUAACGUCAACGACGCAGUUCCAGCCCCCGCACCAGCUCGCCAACCUGCCGAACCAACCCAGCACACCACUCGCGCAGACUCUGCCUCUCUUAGCACCUCCUCCUCCGGUCUCGUCCUUUUCGAUCUCACCGACAAAGCCAACGGUACAGCCUGUUUCUCCCCUCACACCAUCAAGACUAUCCUCGACCUAAAACUACUCAAUGUUGGAUACGAACGUCAACGACUCACCUUCAUCCAAAUCCGCAACGACCUAGCUGAACGAAUCGCAGACAAUGUCACAGUCCCCGCUCUUGAACUUUCAGACGGUUCUCACAUCGUUGACUCCUGGAACAUUGCAGAAUAUCUUGAAAGACGUCACCCGGAAGGUUAUCGCAUCUUUGGUAACUCUUCAACAAAGAGACUCGCUGCCAUGUUGAAUCAGUUCGGAAAGACCGUCUUGGCUCCUCAUAUCGGUCCGCUAGCACAGAAGGGAGUGCAUGAAAUGUUGGACGACGAGUCGGCAAGAUACUUUGCCGAGGUCAAGAUAGGGAAACAGAGGUGGGCUAAGAUUUCAGCAAUGACACAGGCGGAGAGGGAUGCGCAUGUUCAACAGGCGAUUGCAAAGUUGGAAGUGGUAAAUGCCAUGUUGACUUGUGAGGGUGGUCCUGAUUCGACUCCUAGUCAUCCGAUCGAGUCGGUGGUCGAUGCAAGUAGUAGCAGUCAGUUUGUGGGUGCAAAUGGUGGCGCUGGCGGUGGGGUGAGGAGCGCCAGUAGAAGCAAACAGCCAUUGUGGUUUGCAGGUGGAGAAGAGCCAACACAUGCAGACUUUGUGCUGUUCGGUUGGUACGUCUUCAGUCGUGCAGCGGGGGAGAAGGUCGCAAGGGAGAUCUGGUUUGCUCAUAAACCGAUUAAGAAGUGGGUAGAGGCUAUGUUGGAAUGGUGUGGUGAUCUGGCGAAUGACUUUGUUUAG